AUGGACUUCCUGCAGCAGCAGCACGGGCACCCUGAUUCACGUGGGUUCAUGGAGUGGCUGCUGAAGGUGUGUGUCCUGCUCCUGGGCUCUUGCUCCCUCAGCGGUGACACCGAUGAUUACGCCGGGCGAAUGGGAAGCAUUGCACACAUGAUGCGUUGCUUAGGCCGGGACAAUUUUAAAUUUGACUUCGUUCCAUACGGUUGCCACUGCAGGCACAAGAAAAGAAAAUUUGUGGUCGGAAGGCCUGUGGAUUUUAUCGAUUGGUGCUGCCUUCAGCAUGAGUGCUGUUACAAGACACAGAUUGGAGAAGGCUGCAACCCAAUGACUGACUACAGUUGGAACUGCAUUGACGGGAGUGUACACUGUCCUUCAAGACCAAAGAAAAACUUGUGCCUCAUAUCCAGGUGCAAGUGUGACUACCAUCUGGCAUUAUGUCUGCUUCCAUUUCCAAUCUGGGAGAGGUACAAGAACCACCCACUGAAGAGCUGUUCCAAAGACAUUCGUCAAGAUGAUACCAGUUCAUCUAUUAACUUUUUAACAAGAGUGACUGGAAUAGGACCUGCAGCAGCAAGAAAGUUUGUGGAGGAAGGAAUCAAGACUUUAGAUGAUUUGAGAGAAAACGAACACAUACUCAAUUAUCAUCAGCGGAUUGGUGUGAAGUAUUUUGAGGACUUUGAAAAGCGAAUUCCUCGGGCAGAAAUGGUGAAGAUGCAGGCGAUAGUUCUGCAGGAAGUGGAAAAACUAGAUCCUAAAUAUGUCGCCACCGUUUGUGGCAGUUUCCGACGAGGUGCUGAGUCCAGUGGUGAUAUGGAUAUUCUUUUGACUCAUCCAGACUAUACUUCAGAAUCAUUAAAAAGACCAAAGCUUCUUAAUAAAGUUGUGGAAUGCCUGGAAGCAAUAAAUUUUGUCACCAACACACUUUCCAAGGGAGAUGCCAAAUUCAUGGGUGUCUGCCGGUUGCCAGAUGACAGUGAUGGCAGCGAGUAUCCUUUCAGGAGAAUUGACAUUAGGCUUAUUCCAAAAGAUCAGUAUUUCUGUGGUGUGCUUUACUUCACUGGCAGUGAUCUUUUUAACAAGAACAUGCGGACCCAGGCACUGGAAAAAGGCUUCACAUUGAAUGAGUACACUAUUCGCCCACUGGGAAUCACAGGAGUCCCAGGUGAACCACUGCCUGUGGAAAGUGAAAGGGACAUCUUUGAAUACAUUGAAUGGAAAUAUCGAGAACCUAGAGAGCGAAGUGAGUGAGUGUCCCCUGAAGUUCAAGCUCAGAACCUCCUUACAGAAGUCCAAACGUUCAGUGGGAGUGAGAAUGUGAUGAGCCCUGAUAAGUGAAGAACUGAAUGAAAAUUUCCAGAAGGAAUUCGCCAUUCCUUUACUCAUUACAUAUAGCAUAUUUGUGGAUGAACUUACUAUGUAUUUGUAGAGAUCAGCUUUUGUAUAAGGUCCAGUGCAGUAAAAUCAAUAAACCACAUUUGGGAUA